ACUUGUAUUUCAGACUGUCUGUAGCUUUCUCUCAGCACUACACUAGCCUGUAAUUCUAUAUUUUCAAUUACUCGAAUAAAUUCUACAAUGGACAGUGUUCCUCUUGAGAAGCUUGGCUCCUUUUGCAAGGCGUUGCGUGAUUCAGAGCUGCGAACUCUCGCUUUGCUCGGUUGUCCGAUGAAGGUGCGAAAGUCACCGCACUUUUUCCAGCUGGAGGUCUUUGUUUGCGGACACAUUGAGACCGAGGUACCAGCGGAUGCACGCAUCAGUUGCAAGUUGAUCUUCAAGUGUCCCAGAUUCUAUCCCCGCGAUGCUCCCGAUGUCCACAUCCGAUCGAAGAACAAUUUUCCCGAUCACUUGGUGGCUGCCAUAUUCACGGAAUUUGAACGCAUUCGUCAUUUGUAUCGUGGAUCACAGCACAUAAUUCCGAUGGUAACCAGUGCUCUCCAUAUGAUUGAGCGGGAAGACCAGAAACCUGACCGCAUGACUGUGGAUGAGUCAAGGAAUUUGUAAACCUCAGCCAUGAAGCCCAAAAUUAUUAUUGUGUACGAGUAAUUAUUAUUCUAUAGUUAGCAUGUAGGAAGGGCAUACUGGAUCCAUUAGUUUUACACAUAAUAUGAGAUAUAUUUGCAAAAUUAUGUCGUAACAGUAUUGGAUUUGAUCAGACUUUAAUAAUCAAUUUUAUUAGCAAGUGUGCAGAACAUUUUCUUUAUGAUUUAUAAGUUUUUCUUACAGAGUUUAUUGUUAAAUGUAAAAUAAAUAAUUCUUUAGCAAA